AUUAUGCUGACGAUGCUUCCAGUGGAGCACCAUAUUAACUGAUCCCAGAGUGAUUCUGCUCUGUGACCAAUUUUUUGGCUGUAGAUUUUUUUUUUCCCAAUUAAGAAAGAUGUCCAUUCAAGGACCAUCCCUAACUUUUUCUCUGUUGUUUAUCUGCUUCCUUAGGGAGAGCUGCUGCAUUUGUGAUGGAACUAUCUGGACAAAGGUUGGAUGGGAGAUUUUUCCAGAAGAAAUGCAUUAUCUGAAAGUUAAGCCUUCUCCGUCUCACUGUCUACCUUACCCUCUGGACAAACUAUGUUGCAGUUUUGCUAAUAUGGAUCUAUUUCAGGGUUCUUUACAUCUCAUUUAUAUUUUAGUACAAGCUCUCUUUUUAAUACUGUCUGUUUUAUCUGUGCAUUACCUGUGGAUGAAAUGGAAAAAACACCAAAAAAAGCUGAAAAAACGAGCCUCCUCAGAUACAUUUGUUAAGGACCUGGAAAAUCCGUCCAUCUAUGACAUUGAUCAAAUACUCUGCCGGCUGGUGGCCACAACAUCAAUGAUGACCAAGUACCUGAAUCAGAUGUCCCAGCAUAUUCCAGCUAAGAAAGUCAAGUACCGAAAACUGAAGAAGAGGAGUGAAGAAGGAGCCAGAGGAUACUAGACCCAUCUGUAUGCUAAUGUAGCCCAGUCCAACAUGGAGGUUACAUAAGAAAUCUGUUGAAACAACUCAUGCAAGGAUAAAAAUGGUUCUUUGAGAGCCUUUGUAAUUUUUUUUUGUCACAUACUUUACUGAACCUUUCCAAAGAAGUAUGGGUUGAAAAAUUACUUUUGUUAAAAAGGCAUCCAUACUUACUAGAAAAAGAUUGUAUACAAUUACUUCUUCAUAUUUGUGUUUUUUCCUUUUAGUGUAUUAGAUUAUUAAUCAUUAACCAAUAUAUAGAAUAGAAUCUUGAUUAAGUAUUUCAAUAAAUCUGAUUA